UUUAUCACUUAAAAGGAAUUUGUUAAGAAAAAGCGUAUUGACGGUGUCAACUAUAGAUGGCAUGACAAGUCAGUAUGGCUGCCCUUUUGGGAAAAUCUUUUACGGUCUUCAUAAUUCCUUUAGUUUUAAGCUGUUUAAGCCCAGUGAUACUACAGUACGUACCGCCAUGUGAAACUGGACAAUGCCAAGUCACAGGUGCAGCACCUAAUAUAACCUGCACAAGCAGACAGGGCAGAGAAUGUUCCAAUACGCAAUGGCCCUCUGUAGGACAAACUCAGGAAGUGUUACCAUCCCUAGAAGGUGUCACUCUGGAAGAUCGUCUCAACAAUUCCACCAAUACCACAUACAAGUCACUUAAACUCACUUGGUCCAUCCCUUCAUCAGCUUUAACAUCAACCAAGGGUUUCUAUGUAGAGUGGGCACAGGGCCAGUCCAAGAUGUUCAACUGUGCUACUCUGGACUUCAGGGAUUCCCAACUCGUUAAUAAUAUGCAGUUUUCAUACAGUUGUUUUCCCCGUGUCUUGCCUGGUGAAUGUUUCAUCGUCAAGGUGACGUCCAUGCCUCUCAGGUUUACCGCAACAUAUAACAUCACACUUCCGGAUGAUCUAAAUAGUAUAGAUUCAAAAGAACCGAAGCUGUGGUCCACAAUAACUGCCAUAACUGCUGAUUUAUACAACGCUCAAGUCACUGUUGCCUUCAGUGGUGUUCCACACGCCAGUUUUACUUUUAGACAUUACCAAGUUAUGUUACAACAUGAGAGUCAUCCUCAUGCUGCCAUGGUGAACAAAGAUGCAGCUUCAACAUAUCAUACAUUUUUAAAUCUGGAUAUUGGAAUAUAUAGUGCAAAGAUCAAGUUAGUUGGAGCGUCAUGCGGACUUGAUUGUCCUGAGAUACAAACUGGCCAGAUCAAUUUAGAAAAAUCAAUACAUUUGAAUGAUGGUGUCACAGAUUCAGACCAUGGUGUCACUAAAGAUAAUGGCGGUGAUGUCACUACUGAAUCAACAACAUUGCCAUCAACUGGGGGAAAAACAACCCCCACAACCACAGAUGGUGCCGGUAAGCCUAUAGUGGAGCCCUCCCCAGAACAGGAAGAGUAUGAAAAACAGAAGAAGAUUGUUGGAGGCACUGUGGGGGGUGUUGUUGGGGCAGCUAUCCUCGUGGGAGUUGCUGUGUAUUUAUACAAAAGGAACCAUAGGCCACCUGAAGAUUUCCAAAUGCGGAGAUUUAGUGAGGGUAGAGACAGUAAUAGUUCACUGACUAUGGAACAAGCAUUCAAGGCCCAAGCAACAGUUCUCAUAUUGUACUCCUAUGACUGUAUUGAACAUGAGAAAGUUGUUUGUGCAUUUGCAAACUACCUGAAAGCUGUUGGGGGAUGUGAAGUGCACCUUGAUAUUUGGGCCCAAAAUGAGGUCCAAGAACAAGGAUUCUAUUGGUUGACAGACAAAAUCGACAAAGUGGAUUUCGUCAUCAUGGUUUGUUCAACGGGUGCACGAUACAAGUGUUCUCGUAACAGGAAAUCACAAAAAAUCAAACAGGAACAGCCAUUUCCUGAUAUGUUUGCCUCUGCUGUGGAGCAUGUCGCAGAAAAGAUGCGUCUCAUUCGAAAUGAGGGUGAUUCCCUUGAACAGUUUAUUGUGGUGUAUUUUGAGUAUUCUACCGAAAGUGAUAUCCCGCAUAAGUUAGAGCUUGCGAAUCGAUAUAAAAUGGUGGGCGAUAUUUUCACUCUGUACUGCCAUCUACAUGGGGUGAAGGUUGAAUCGGCCAAGAGUAUCCCAAAUAAUACAGGAAUCCUAAAAGAGAAUUAUCACCAAACACAAACAGGUCAAGAACUUAAAUUUGCAAUAGAGGACGCUGCAGUAUACUUUAAAAACAAUCCUGAUUGGUUAGGAGAGAAACUCGAGUCAUUACAAAAUGAUCCAAUUGAAACAUCAUCCACUAGUGAAACCAGUGAUAAAAACAAUGUGAAUUCAGGUGUUCAGAAUGGAAAAAAUGAGGAUGUCGUGCCAUCACUGGAUGACGAUAUAAAUCCACUUGAAAAAUCAUCACGGGAGCGCCAUCUACAUCGUUCACAUAAAGAUUCUGAGAGAUUAUCGAGGGAGAGAACUCCUGUGUUAUCACGUGAAAGGACUCCUGAUUCUAUCAAGGAGACAGACAGUUGGGGAAGCACUGUUUCCCUUGUGAAAAUCAAUAUUGAUGAGUUGCCCAAUAGUCCCAGUAUGUUGCGCUCCCCUGGAGGGUCCAGUCAAGGAACUAUGUCUCCCAAGGGUGGGGCUAAAGAUGAAGGAAUUGUAAAUCCAUUAUUCAACAUACAAGAUGAGGAUUUAGAUGACCAGCAACUUCAGAGAGACCUCGAUUUUAUACAGAACAACAAACCAUUCCAGGUUACGAGCCAAUCAAAUCCCAGCUGGUUAGUUGCCCAACCUAGCCAUGACACACCCCAAAGAGGAUUCAGUGAUCCUUGGCUAGGUCCCAGUUGCACUCUCCCCCCACUUAUUCCCACGUUACCCCGUCCAGUGGACCAGGGGGAUGUCAGUCUGGAUUUAUUGCCUUUGAAUUUUUUACAAGGGGGUACACCUGACUCUAAGUCAGGUCUUCCACUUCAUGUCAGUAUGUAAAGAUGUCAGCAUGUAGAGAUGUCAGGAUUAUGGUCAGUUGUAUUUCCAAGUUUGAAAUACCGAUGUAUACUUAAGUUGUAUAGAUUUUGUGCAGUAAAUAUGAUAUGAAAGUAAUAUCAUGUGUUUUAAAAAUGUAAUACUUACAUGUAUAUCUACAUACAGUGUUGCAUUCACUAAUUUCAAUGAUUCGAACUAUUUUGGAUCACUUUACCAGCAUCCAAAAGUAUUUUGAACAGAUUGGAUUUUUUUCUUGAAAUCGACUGUAAACAUUGUUCAUUAUUCAUUAAUUUUCUUUUGAUUUCCUGUGAAAAUCCAUUUGUUUCAAGGUUCAUGUUUGAUGCUGUAUAUAUACGCAACUUUCAUAUUUUUAUGAAGUUGAUAUUCAUGAAAAAGGUGGUCGUUAUUUUCACAGAUUCAUCGUUAUAUAUAAGAGGUCAAUAUGAAACAUAAUCAAUUUAAUUACAAUAUAUCAAUUUAUUGUAUUUAAACUGUCUACCCUCCUCAUCUUCCAUAGUGUUCUAUUAAUAGCUGGCCUAUUUCACUAUUUUAACAAUUCAUAAUGUAUUUUAGAAGGCUUAUUUCUAACAGUAAUUUGUGUAAUACAUAAAUGUGCAUGUAUAAUUGAAUUCAUACAUCAAUGAAAAUAUGAUUUGUUGAUUGCGAUUAAGGUAGUUCUGUUUUCAGAAAUUUUUAGUUUUUAAAUUUGUGGAAAUGCCAUUUCAACAAUUUUCAUAGUUCUUAUGUCACCGCCAUAAGUGGUGACAUAUUGUUA